UUUAUCUUUCAAACAAAACUCCCACGCUUAGCGCGAGUGAAAUAAUUAAAGGCGAAAAACGUGGUUCGAUGAAAAUGUGUGUCUGCGAACGGCGCAAAAGAAAAGCAAUACUAAAGUAACACGGAUGUACAGCGCCUCCUGACCCUACAUACACGAAAACUGACACGGCGGCAGUUCAAAUGUAGUUUGGCAUGCAGUUAAACUGUUUUUGCGUCAUUUGUUAACGACUUGUGACAGCGCGAAAUUAAAUCGUCCGAGCUGAGGUAAGCUCCUGUGAGAUAUCUUGUUUAUUUUCUGUAAAAACGAACGCAAAAUGUUAUAUUUUUAUCGCAAAAAACUGUAAGCUUAAUAAUCUUUACGCUAAGCCUUAAGGCGAAUGAGAAAAUUCAUUUCCUAGGAUAUUAAUCUAGCGAGACUGCUGAAAAAUACACUCAGUUUAAGGUGUAAAUAUUUCAUUUUAAGAAACCAAUCUCUAAUGUUAUUGCUAAACAAGAUUCUAAACCGAGUUGCCGAUUAUUUUUUGACUGAAGCCUUGUUUUGCUAGCGUUUCUGAGUGACGUAUGUAGCUUUCUUUUUACGAGGAAUGAAAUAUUCCGAAUCGAUAUUGCUAAUUUCCUCUACCCCCCUGGUCUUAAAGUUCUUUUUGAAGGAACCCUGUUUCCAGUUUCUUUACAUUGUAAUCGACUUGUACGAGAGUUUGCUGCUUAUAUACGUCUAAAACAUUUUAAUGGUAUGAUUUAGUUAUUAUUGUUUAUAUUAUAUCGUCUACAAAGCACUUUCUCUGAGGAUAUGUUAAACUGACUUGAAAUCUGCAGGUAGCACUGACCACACGAAUACUAAAAUCUGUUCCAAUUCGAAAACAUUUGUAACAACUGACCAACUUACUUCUUGUUACACUGUGCUCAUAAUAUAUCGCAAUAAUAAUAUUUCGCUCUGUUCUUUUGCAAGGAAGAAUCAUUUCCGCUGUGGAGAUAAACAGCGAAACCGAAGAAAAUUGCUCGAUUUAACCUGCCACUUCCAAUUACCAUGAAGGAGGCUGCGAACGUAUCCUGGAACAUCUCCACAGACAAUUCGCCCGAUGCAGGACAUCUAGGAGAGAGGGACUUUGCCCUUAUUAGCGCGUAUGUUUGCAUAGUGGGCGUUCUUGGCUUUAUAGGAAACUUGUGGGUGAUAGUUGCGUUCUGCCGUUACAAAAACCUACGGACGUCAACAAACAUUUUCAUCGUUCACCUCGCUGGAUGUGAUUUGUUCUUAGCGUUCAUGGAUCUGAUGUUCUCGUUUCCUUCUUCCGUCGAACAUCGCUGGCUAUUCGGAAAAAAAAUUGCUCGAUUUAACCUGCCACUUCCAAUUACCAUGAAGGAGGCUGCGAACGUAUCCUGGAACAUCUCCACAGACAAUUCGCCCGAUGCAGGACAUCUAGGAGAGAGGGACUUUGCCCUUAUUAGCGCGUAUGUUUGCAUAGUGGGCGUUCUUGGCUUUAUAGGAAACUUGUGGGUGAUAGUUGCGUUCUGCCGUUACAAAAACCUACGGACGUCAACAAACAUUUUCAUCGUUCACCUCGCUGGAUGUGAUUUGUUCUUAGCGUUCAUGGAUCUGAUGUUCUCGUUUCCUUCUUCCGUCGAACAUCGCUGGCUAUUCGGAAAAGUUGCGUGCGAGAUUUUCGGCUUCGUGUACCAUUUUUUGAACGCCAUGUCUUUAAAUACAUUUGCGGUGAUCUCGCUCGAUCGCUUCUGGGUAAUCACGAAGCCCUCGUUUGGCGCGAAAAUAACCGUGAAGCGAGCGGUAUUCUGCGUGAUCCUAACUUACUUUUACACAUUGCUUUUCACGCUGCCGAUCAUACUGGGUUGGAUUGGCUUCCACGAGGAGAUAUACUUUACAGGGUGCUAUUUAAAUUUUGAGGAGGGUGACAUGAGAACUUUCAUCUAUUCCUUAGUAAUGGCGGUGUUUUUAUUUUUCGUUCCGUUUGUAAUCAUGAUCUAUUGUUACUGCUCUAUUUUUGCAUCGGUUCGCAAGCGGGGGAAGAGAAAUACUCGCCUGAAACGAAACCAAAAAGGAAACUGUAAAUUUGCUUUGCCACAUUGGCGCACUGCGCGAAUGAUCAUAGUGGUAAUAUUUGUCUUCCUGCUAUGUUGGUCUCCUCACGUGAUCGUAUCAUUGUGUGUUUCGUUUGGACUGAAAAUUUCCAUCUUGGUUCAAGAGGUUACACUGCUUUUCGCCAAGUCUGGGGUUAUAUACAACCCUUUCAUAUACGCUGUACUGAAUCAUCGCUUUAGAAACGCCUUUCUUGGUAUGAUGUGUCAGAAAAAAGAGGAAAAUGGCGCCCUGGAUUGCAGCCGGACGCCAGUCGUCAGCGGAGGACUAGGCUCUAGUUUUCGGAUCUCCCGCGCAAGCAUUUCCGCCAAAACAUUGUCCGAGCGUUUUUCCGAAAAGGAGUUAGAUCUGGGUUCUACAGCGGAUCAGUGUAGACUAAAACGAAUUUGUUAUUACAAAGGAAGAAUGAACCUUCCUAACCUAGCGGAGCUACAAUACGCUCAAAAUGAAACAUUGGACGGAGAGGGUUUAGAAGUCAACAAAAGAGAGGUGCAGAUAGUUCAGCUCGAGCAACUUCCCAUCCAGAAUAGCGGGGAGAACGUGCGGAAAAUACCGAGAAAAGGGCACUCCAUUCACUAGUAGACAGAGAUAAAUACCAUGUUAUUAACGCCUAACAAGAAAAACCGCUCAAGAUGUAGGCCGCGUUCACACUAUGCCGAACUGAAGAAAUUUGAAAACGGUGUUUUGACUGUGAAAAUGCAUCAAAUGUUUUCCGUUCACACUACGCCGGA